UCAAAAGGCAAAGUAGAGAUUUUCAGAAGACGGAAAAUAGUUGCACAUUUAAUUAUCAACAUAAAAAUUGUGAAAAUCAAUAACAAAACAAAAAUAUAAAGUGAAGUAUUCAGUUAGUGUAAUAAAUGAGUAAUUAAAAAGUUUGAUUUUGCCAGAAACCGCAAAUAUAUGGUGCGGAAUGAUUUCAUCUCAAUAUUUCUUAUAUCUAAAUACUCUAACAAACAUUUAACAUCAGAAACAUGUAAAUAAAACAAUAUUCGAUCAACCCAUGGAGAACAGCUAAGUGUUACAUUGUAGUUUCAAAUUUCAUUGUUGUACCUACUGGAUAACUUGGGUAUUGUUCAAUACGAAACGCUGCCGUCCCUUAUAUUACGCACCUACAUAUCUACCUGGAGUAGUUUUCUUGCACACAUACACAUGUGUGCACUUUCAUACACCACUUACAUUUAGCCAUUUGAAAGUAUAGAAACAACUAUAAACGGACUACACGGCUAGUACUCGCAUAUACAGAAUUUUAAACACAUUAAAUCAUAUUUUAAAGGCGUAAAAAGAGACAUUGAAUUUGGAAAUAUUGACGGGUAGACAUAUAGCCGAAAUAGAGACAUGGAUGAUAAUCUUAGCACGAAAUCAUCGGAAUCCUCGUUAACCACAAGUGGAGAGUAUGAAAUUGUUUCCGACAGCAAUAUCACAACACCAAUAGAUCAGCAGCAUUUAACGGAAAAUGGUACACUUUUAGUAAUACCGAUGAACAACAAAUCACCAACGCUAAAUUUGGCGAAUAAUCGUAAUAUUACUGAUUUGCAACAUGCCAUGACGGACGCUUUGCGUGAAAUUGAUUUAAAUUCAGACACCUCUUCAAUAGCUAGCAAAGCGGUAGCGUUGAGUAAACAAAAAUCACUGACAUUACCAUUGGCUGGUACUUCAAGCCCUGCACUGCUAGUGCCAGACAACGACUGCGAACAGCAACAGUUAGUUCCACCGAAGACCGCAAUGAAGUCACAAACAUUAAAUCGUCACCACACAGAUUAUGCUAUGACACCGAAAAGCGAUGACGCGUCAACUUCUGAGCAUAAUCGCGUUGGCCAUUCGGUAUUUUAUGACUGCAUCGAUGCAAGUCCAGGCGGGGUUGGUGGUGGUGGUGUCGAAGAGAAACAAGACCUCAUGAAGCCGGAGAAGAAUGAUACCGACGAAGAAGUUUCUGAUAUCGAUCAAGGUUGCACUAUAUUUUCCGGUGUCACAUAUCUUGGAGCUGCAAACAUAAAUGCUCCCAAAUCCGAAAUCGACAUAUAUCGAAUUAUGAAUGAGUUGAACAGUAAUUCAGAAUCAGUUGGUCUGAAAAUAUCCGUUAGCAUACCGAAUUGCUCCGAUGGCCUAGUUGUUUUGCAUGACGCUGAAACCAACUCCGUCAUUGCUACCUACGAGAUACAAAGCAUUAUUUUAUAUUUUCGAGGACCUGUAGAAACUCCUGAAAAUGGUUGCUUUGCCUUUACUUGGUUGCAUGGCGAUUCGCUUUUUCAAUGCCAUGUGUUCCGUUGUCAUAUACCAGAAGCGGUUAACCAAGUCAGUGCUUGUUUCCAAAAGGCUUUUCGUACAUAUCCGCCAAGCAUGACUUGCAGCUUGACAUCUGCCAUCGACAGUAAUAUGAUGAACUCAGUAACAUCCGAUGUUAGUGGAAAUCCACUAAAUACAGCCGGCUAUGAAUUUACUGUAUCGUUGGAGAUCCGUGAAAAGGUCGCUAAGAACUCAUACUCGGCAGUGCCUCGUGAUCGCAAUUGUUUCAAGUUACGUGCAAACACUGACAAAGAAGUCAUUAUUACCGUCAAACAAACCCCUUCGAAUAUACUGCAACCUUUGUUUAUAGAACGCUGUUUUGGUGUACUACUGAGCCCAGGCAAGUUGGUGCGUCAGGGCGAUAUGCAAUUGAUUGAUAUGGUGAACAUGAACUAUCAGUUGCCCACCUCCACUGCUGGCGGUGGCAAUGGUAAUGGCGCACCGUCUACUAGUGUCGUUGCGGGGGACAAUGCUAGUGGUUCCGGUGCCAUGCCGCUUUGUCUGCAACCUUAUGUUAUACGCGCCGAAUGGAAGGCAAAUGAAGCUGCAUUCGAACAGCUCAAUGUUGAAGCCUCAAAGAAUUUUCUCACUGUGGCUGUUGAUAUAGUGGUGCGUGGCAUACGCGAUCCUGUACGUUUUGUUAUUGAGACACCCGUUGUAAUCCAGUCGGCUAGUGAGCUACGCAUUAUGGAUCAUUUUAUAUCCAAACGCCCAAUGACAUUGCGCUUCUAUCUACAACUAGAGCGUACAACCGAUGAAUUCAGUUGGAAGGUGAACUCUAUUGAUCCGUCUGAAGAAAUAAAUGAACCACAACCGCAAACUUCAUUGUUGAAAUUUGGAAUGAAUAACUUAUCACGCAUUGUGCGUUCAUCAUCGAUUGCAUCGAUAGAGGAUGAUUGUCCAACCGACUACAGUUCAGAUGGUGAUGAACCCUUAUUGAGUGGUACAGGGGAGGUUUCCAAAGAUUGCUCACAGGACAAACUGGAUGAGUGGGAUCCAAUACUAAAGGAAUGGGAUAGUGAAAAACGACCAAAAAAUUUGGCUCCUUUGGUACGUUUGGGCAUACCGGAAGCUUUACGUGAAAAGAUAUGGCAGAAACUGGCAAAUGUUGAGGGAAAAACCGAAAUGCUUGACAUGUAUAAGAUUUUAAUUACCAAAGAAACCAAAUGCGAAACUGUAAUACAACGGGAUAUACAUAGGACAUUUCCGGCACAUAAAUGCUUCAAAGAAACUGGUGGUUCUGGACAAGACGCACUCUUCAAGGUAUCCAAGGCAUAUGCCGUUUAUGACAGUGAAGUCGGCUAUUGCCAAGGCUUAAGUUUUAUUGCGGCAAGCCUAUUAUUGCAUAUGCCCGAAGAAGAUGCAUUCUGUGUACUGGUGGCACUUAUGUAUGAUUACGGCCUUCGUGAUUUGUACAAGCAAGGAUUUGAAGUACUUUAUUUACGACUCUAUCAACUGGACCGCUUGAUCAAGGAUCAAUUGCCCAAAUUGCAUGAGCAUUUUGCAGCAUGCGGUAUUGAGACACAUAUGUACGCCUCGCAGUGGUUUCUCACACUCUUCACAGCUCGUUUUCCACUGUGUUUCGUAUUUCAUGUACUAGACGUGUUUCUUCUAGACGGUGUACCAUUGCUUUUUCAAGUUGCUGUGACAUUGCUUUCUAUUUGCGAGGCUGACUUGCGUCAACUCGACUUCGAAGGCAUACUAAAAUAUUUCCGUGUAACGCUACCGAAGAAAUGCCGCAGCCCUAGUCAGGCACGUCGUGUUAUGAAAAUGGCUUGUGAACGAAAAAUUAAGAAAUUAAAACAGUAUGAAGAGGAAUUUCAACUGAAGAAGCAGCACAAAGAGCGUCUGGAAAAGGAGGCACAAAUUUAUGAAAAUCGCUUUGGGGAAGAGCGACGCAAAUUGCAAGCGGAGAUCGAUGAACUCAAGAAAAAAUUGAUCGAGGCUAAUGAAAGAGCAAUAGAAAAGGAAAGGAAACACACAGGCAUCAUACAGGAUUAUAAAUUAAUAAUGCAGCGCUUGGAAAAUGACAAUACAAAUUUGAAUGAGACGCUGGGAAAUGUAAUGAAUAUAGUAUCAAAGUGCAGCAAUUGUGUACAACAAAUGGAAAAUACCGAUCAUAGUGUCAGACUACCUGCCCAGGUAAGCAGAAAUAGUGGUAUUAAGUCAACGCAGCAGAAUAGCAUUCAGCAGGGCAUAGAAGCACCAUUAGGACCACUUGAUCCAAUAAAUAUCGCAACUCAACGUAUCCGUGAACUAGAACUGGAACUGGCACAAGCUAAGUUAGCACACGUCGAAGCUGAGUGUCGCAAUCAAGAUUUAAACCAUCAGUUGAGCGCCACUAUUACUGAAAUGCAUUCCAAUCGGAACAGUUGGCAACCGUGGCUUUCAAAGACACUCAACUCAUUGCAAGAGAAGGUAACUACACGUGGCAGUCGUGACCCUAUUUUGCCAACAUUCCAAUCGUACACUCAACAUGCAUCUGCUAGUGCAUCAGCGGCAGGUAGCGAAACUAAUUCACCCAGCAGUAACCAGGAGUUUAAAGCAUUUUCAGUGGGAGGUUCGCCGAAAUUGCCAGCUAAAUUCCAGACCGUUAAACUACGCAAUAGCAUCGACAGUUUACGCAACAUUGUAGUGCCCUUGGAGAGUAGUGCUGGGCGUAUUGUUGGCAUUGGCGCUGGAACCGGUGUUGACGUAGGUGUGGGUGCAGCUGAUCAUUUCCGACAGCACCUGCAACCACAGUCAUCGCUUAUUUAAAUGUCGACAUAAUUAAAAAAGAAAACAUGCAUACAUUAAUAGAUUUAAUUAAAGACGUUUCUUGAGAGAUGUGUAACUGUUGCUUAAGUGCAUGCAUGCAUCCAUUACUCACACAAUGCUACAUAUACUUACAUAUACAUAUAAAUGUGUAAAAUAUUGAAAAAAUUAAAUGUUGUUGCUUUGUACACUGACUUUCAAUAUUUCGUAUGCAAAAGUUAGAGAAAUUUUCAACAAAAGUAUUUCGAUUUUAUGCUUUGUUUAAUAAUAUUUCUUUAUGAUAGUCGAUUUUUUUAUAAGAAAAUUUAAUAUAAUUUAUUAAUUUAUUAAUAAUAAUUUAUUUAUUUGAGUGAAAGCGAAACGAACUAAAUAUUUUAUUUGUAAAUAAAAUUCAAAAUUGUUCGAGACUAACGGGGUAUUCAGCAAACGAGUUCUUUUUUUAUUAGUUUGCUAUUUUUCUUAGUAGAUAUUUGAUUCCCCAGACUAUUAUAUAUGUAUACAUUGAUAAUGUGGCAAUCAUUUGCUUUUAUAACUGCUCAAAAAGUGCAUUUCUCAUCAACAUAUUUUUUUAAACACUUCGUUUUAGACUUGAGCUUUUAUGCAUUAAUUUUUAUUUGCAUUAGUAUUUACACAAUGCAACGUACACAUAUGUAUGUAUAGAUGUAUUUCUCACAUAUGAAUAAUAUACACUGUAAUAAAUAUACCAACAUAUAUUUGAAAGAGAGGGGAAACUGUUACAUAAUUACAACAGCGAAAAAAGUGUGGGAAGAAUUAAAUUAUAUAUAGCGAUUCACAUACAGUGGAACUUCUAUAACUCGAAGAUCUCCAUAACUCGAACACUUGAAUUGGCAAUAGCGUUUAGAGGCCAAAUUUCAUACAAAUUUCCUUCCUUAACUCGAAUUUCUAUAACGCGGAAGUUCUCCAUAACUCGAACUUUUGAAGAGGCAAUAGAAGACAUACACAUUUUUCAUACAUAUUUCCUUCCAUAAAUCGAACUUUUUGGUCAGGACAUAAUACCAAAUUUAAAAUGUUACUAUCGAGGCAGAAUUUUAAAAGAGUCCAUCUAUACAGUACGGAGGCGAACAAAAAUAUUAUAUUAAAGUUAUGGAUUGCAUAAAUCAUCUAUCAAAGGCAUGAGAUAUAGACGUCAAGAGCCAAUAAUAGCAAACUGCAACAUACAAAAUUACAGAAUACAUGUUUUAACGUAUGUACAUAAAACUUUAUGCAAAGCCAAUAAAUAAAACA